GAGACUUCAGUAACUCCGUAACCUUCGAACGUCGAGCCUAUGCUUUUCUCCUUCGCGAAGGAAUUCGUUGAGCGUGUACAUUGUUUACGUUCGUUCAUCCUUUUCUCCCUUACAUUUAACAUACAUACACAUAUUAUUUAUUAACGCAACAUUCGUUAAAUUUAAUAUACAUAUAUUCGUAGGAAGGUAUUGAACGUGUACAAUAGUGAAUUAUGAACAAUCCCAUAUGAUCCUCGUUUCCCGCGCUUUUUUGUGACUAAGAUUUUUUUUUUUUUCUUCGAAGAGAAAAACAAAAUAGAGGGAAACAAAUAGCAUCAUGAAAACGACGAAUAAUUAUCUUCUCGUUUUAUAUAUUAUAUCGUUCUUAACUUCGUUGAUAAUAUGCGAACCAAACGACGCUACUACAACGCGUAUUCCUAUAUUAAAGUGUUGCCCACGCGAUCAGGAACUGAUCGUGUCCGUUGAGAAUGGCGUUUCGAAGGUUACUAACGAUUGCAGGAAAAGCACGACAGCAUGGCAACCAAAGAUCUACUCGCCGACUCGGCAAAUGCAAUAUAACGAACCGUUAGAUGGAUGGAACGUUUUAGAGGGUAGAAGACCAGAAUGUCGAGACGAUUCCGUCUUGACCAGAAUACCGUCGAGAACGGCCGUACCUUUCAUAUUUCUUGAAGAUGGCUAUGCCAUUGUCGAUGGAAACGUUGAGGAACCGAUCGCACCUAACGAUUAUUGUGCCGACGCCAAUGCUAUCUUUGUUUGCGUUAAAAAAACCCCAGAAGGGAAUCAUGCCGCAGCGACUAUGAAGCCCAAGAUUAGACGUUGCUGCGGAAAAUCUGCCGUUUUCCACGAGGGCAGAGAAUCGUGCGAUUUUGUAAACGAGUCGGAAGACACGACACCGUUAUUGGGAGACUCAUCGACAAUGGUGGACAUAGUGUCAGGAUUUCCGGCUUGUCCUCGGGGGGACAAAUACACGAUCUUGGCCGACGUAAAAGAUGCCGUAUUGCAGUCGGACGGUAGCAUGAAAGUAGACGGUGUUAUUUUACCAAGCGGCCAGUUUUGCGUCGAGAGGAUCAAGGAACUCAACCAGGCGGUCAAGGUCUUUGCUUGCUCUGAACACGCACCGCAAAGACCACACGUGCAAGCAACAGACAUCAGAUUCACGCUCUAUCCAGUGGGCUUUAUCAUCAGCGCUGUGUUCUUGGCAGCCACCUUGGCUGCUGGUUGGCUGUUACCAGCAUCUCAUCACGUUUUGCACUGGCGAUGCCAGACUCAUCAUGUCGCUUGCUUGAUGCUCGGCGAUCUUCUCAUGGCUAUCAUUCAGCUAGCAGGAGAUUCCCUCCGUGGUGGAAGUUGCAAGGCUCUUGCUAUUAUGGCUCACUUCUUCUUCUUGGCUGCUUUCUUCUGGCUGAACACUAUGUGCUUCAACAUCUGGUGGACCUUUAGAGAUCUAAGACCAGCAAGUUUGGAGAAGGGCCAGGAAACCUUGCGGCUCAGAGUCUACGCUUGUUAUGCCUGGGGUGGACCCCUUUUGGUUGCGGGAUUGGCCGCCCUACUGGAUCAUCUUUCACCCCAGACUCAGUACACGUAUCUUAGGCCUCGUUUCGGUGAAAAGCAAUGUUGGUUCUAUGGCGACAUGGAAAUCCUUGCGUAUUUCUUCGGACCGAUCGGUGUACUUUUAGCUGUAAAUCUACUUUUCUUUGCCGCAACCGCACGUGAAUUAACGUGCGGCCUUUGGAAGGGAGAAUUCGUCAAGAGUACUACAGAAAGGGCUGCACUCGGCCGAGUAUGUAUGAAAUUGGUGAUCGUGAUGGGGAUCACAUGGGUCGCUGACGUAGUCUCAUGGGCAGUAGGUGGUCCGCAAUAUAUCUGGUACUUCACCGACCUGAUAAACGCCUUCCAAGGUGUACUGAUAUUUGCAGUGGUCGGCUGUCAACCUCAGGUCAGAGCGGCAUUGAAAAGACUUUGCAAUAGAAAUCCAAGAACGAACGCUGGUCGACAGGGUAAUGGCCUGAGUACAACCAGUCAUGGGAUGCCCAGCAUGGGUGAUAGCGUUACACAGAAUCCGAGUACUAAGACUGCACCGUUGGAGACCAUAUGUUAAAACUCACCUCGAAGAUUCCUGAUUAAAUAUGAAUAAUAAUAAUAAGAAGAAGAAAACGAAGAAGAAGAAAAAGAAGAAAGAAAGAAAAUAAAUAAAUGAAAAAAUAAAAUGACGAAGAAGAUAAGAAGAGAGUUGGAAGACUAUUCUACAACUAUCGUAGAAAAAAAAAGAGAAAAAGAAAAAACUUUUUUUAACAAUGCCGACUUUGGAUGAACGCAUUGAACGUUCGGCAAACAUCGACGAUCUCUGCGUUUCCAUUCUAAGGUCGUUGACCUUGAGAACCCGUGGGUGUUUUGUCAGGAAUGAGAAAGCCUAGAGGCUGUAUUUCUAACACGGCUUCUUCUGUUUUUUUUGUUUUCCUUUUUCUUUUUUUUUUUUUUUUUUUUUUCUUUCUCUCUGACGGACUUAUAUGUGUAUAUAUACAUAUAUGUACACUAAAGACACUUCAAGAUCACGUAUAUAUAUAUACAUGCGUGAGUGAGUGGGUGAGUCUGUAUGUAUGUGUGUGUGUGUGUGUGUGUGUGUGUAUGUGUGUGUGUGUGUGUGUGUAUACGUUCGAGAAUAGGAAUACUUGCAUAAAAUCGACAAAAAGAAAACGAAAGGGAAAAUUCUUUAUAAGUGACGAACUCGUCAUUCUAAUCGAGAAACUCGUUAUUAAAAUAUAUAAAGAAGAGAGGAGAGAGAGAGAAAGAGAGAGAGAGAGAGAGAGAAAGAAAGAGAGAGACAGAGCGAUUGAUCAUUCACCAGAAAUUAUUAUUAAUAAAUUAUCGAUAUGAUAAUGUAUAAAUCAUAGAUGACUGAUGUAUAAUCAUACAUUUAUUACCGAUUCGAUCGAAUAGUCAUUGCGUCCACUUCUCUAAUGUCUUCGAAUCGAGCUUAAUUAUAAUACUUUCUCUCUUUUGCAAGGCUCAAAUGAUUUUUUUUUUUUUUUUUUUUUUUUUUUUUUUUUUUUUUUUUUAUAUACACCUGUUUAUAUUUAUGUGUGUGUGUUAUUCUUUUCUAAUAGUUUGACACGGUUUUUUUUUGUAAAUUUAAUUCAAAUUCAUUCUUUGCCCAUUCGUAAAAAUCUCUUCUCGUGGAUCAUAAUUAUUUUUUGUGUUCGUAGAUAACGAUUGGAAUGUUAAUAUCGGGACCACAAAAUAAUUCGUGAUGUAGAAGAAUUAAGUAGAUUUAGAAAUAACCAAAUUCUAAAAAAAAAGAAAAAAAAAGGAAAAAAAAAAAAGAAAAAAAAAGAAUAAUAAAGAAGAAAGAAAAACGAUUGAUCAACGAUCCACGAAUCUUCACACGGGAUAAUAAUUAAUAAUUUAUUUGUUUAUUGCCAUUUUGAAAUUUGAGAGAAUCAUUUCUUUGACUUGUUUGUCAUUUGGAAUGGCUAUUUUGCAUCGACAUUGAAAUCUCUCGUGAGAUCUAAAUUUUAUAUGUCAUCAAUUUUUUCUAUCGCAUCGAGAUCUCAAUAAAAAAAGAAAAAAAAAAAAAAAAAACCUUUACGUCCAAGAAUACUGCCAGAAAAAAUGUCUUUAAAAUAGUAUGAAAAGGAAAAGAGAGAGAAAGAGAGAGAGAGAGAGAGAGAGAGA